AUAAAUUUGCGCCUCAUCUUGGUGAGUGGGAAAACGAAAGAGUUCCUGUUCUCACCCAACGACUCUGCUGCAGAUAUUGCAAAGCAUGUGUACGACAACUGGCCCAUGGAUUGGGAAGAAGAACAAGUCAGCAGUCCAAAUAUCUUGCGGCUUAUUUAUCAAGGAAGGUUUCUUCAUGGCAAUGUCACACUAGGAGCAUUAAAACUUCCUUUUGGCAAAACAACAGUGAUGCAUUUGGUGGCUAGAGAGACAUUGCCAGAGCCAAACUCUCAAGGUCAAAGGAACCGUGAAAAAACUGGAGAAAGCAAUUGCUGCGUAAUCCUGUAGACUCGUUAGCUUUACCUGCUAAGUGUGAUGUAAUAUAGUCUUUGUCUUUCAUGCUGCUGGAAUAGAAGAGGCCCUACCUUGCUUCAGACACCUGUAGGAAGAGCCUGUCUGUAAAUCCAUGGAACUGAAAUAUUACACGAACACUGUCUCAUUAGUCUUUUUUUUUUUCUUGGAAAAAAAGAGAAAGAUACAUGAACACUUUUUUUUUUUCUUUAAUUCCUGCUUCUUGUUUGUUGAAUAAUCUUACAGUCCAUCAGUUCUUGAAAGAAUUCAAUCUCCAGAAAAGUUAACGUGUUCUUUUCCAUAGCAGGAAUCGUUUUGCUACCACAGAAAUCUCCAUUAACCGGAUCUAACCAGUCGAGCUUUCUAGAUGCGAUUUGCACUAAAUGUGGUUGACAGUAUGUUUCUCAUCAACAACCUCUAACAAUAUUUGAGACACCUAGCAGUAACCCACAACGUAUAAUGCCACACUGGGAAACUGGAUAUCUAGAAUUAAAACAAAUCUCACUUAUGGCCAAAUGAAAGGGAAAACUGUUAAGUCAAUUCUACCUAAGUCAAACCUGGUGGCCAAACUGGCACAGAAUACUAACUAAACCAAGUCUAACUCUAUAUAUUUUUCACUGCAACAAACAAACAAAAAACUAUGUGCCUGUGAUUUAAAAGCACUCUGUAGAGGGCUGAUGAAAGUGAUUUUUUCGUUACUGAGUGCGCUCUGAUCUCGUACCUUAGCUGAGUGCUUAUUCAGACAGCACAAACAAGUGGAGAGAGUGCAUUUCCUAGCCUUAAUAUGGGAGGGGUAAUUUCCUGUAGUUCAUAGGCUUUUAUUAUUGUGCAUAAAUGUUAGAAAACAUCAUUUACUAACCAAUUUUAUGUAUUUGAAUAUUGGCAAUUGGUGUUUUUCAGUCAUUUUCUCAUCUGUACCUUAGUGUCCAGUGUCAUGCUUACUCAUUAGAGACUUCAAAAGAAUGAUUAAAGUUUAAAAAGCAAAAAGAAAAACCUUUGCCAUAGUACUAGUUUUUGUUUCUUUAUGUAAUCUGCAUUUGGUAUUAGUGCUUGCAAUUGUAUUAAAAUCAGAAGUUGAUUUUUGAAGGCAUACAUAAUUAAAAAGGAUGCCAUUCUUUUGUUUCAUAUCAAUAAUUUAAACGUUGAUAUGCUACAGAAUUUUGCACAGCACUAAAGCAUGAGCUAGUUUCAUCUAAACCUGUAAAAAAUAAAAAUAAAAAUAAAUAAAAAUUUAAAAAAAUAUAAAAGAUUUUAUAUUUUUUCACUGGGGAGGAAUUCUUCCUGGGUGAAAUUACAAAUAUGUGUAGAAUAUAUUUAAUAAAAAUCUUAUAAAAUACAUAACUAUAGAAGUUAAAUAUAGAUUGGCGUGUAGCAUAAUAGAACAAUAUUCCAUAUAAAUAGCUUUAGCCUUUAAAAAAAAAAAUGAGUCACAGGUUGACGUUGUGUUCUGUACUUAAGUGUCCACAACUCUUACAGAUGUUCUGUGUAAUGGUUUUUUCGAAUGAUUGCCAUCAUUCAAAUGUAAUUGGGUUAUUUUCUUCAUUGUUACUGCUUUGACGAAAUGCUUUAUAUGCAGUAGAUUUACAAAAAAACAUUGUUCAUACUUAUCAGAAUUAAAUUUGUAUAGAGCAGAGUUUUAAAACAAAUUGUAAAUAGCACUAAACAUUUUCUUUCUGCAACCUGUACUGAUAGACUCUUCUGUAAACUAAAUAAAAGAAUAUUGUAGUGCA